GCAGGUUUCUGGUUUUCUUAUUGCAAUCCACAAUAAGCGGCCUUGGGCUUGUCCUAGGGGGUAGGAAUGGAGAACCCUCGGAGAAUGAAUGCUUACGGCUGCUUUCUCAUCGUCUUCUUCACCUUAUCGUGCUCUCGCGCAUCCGCUCUCAACAACCCUGCCAAAAAUAACGAGUUCGUACCAAACGACAGGCUGAAGCAGGCGCACCACGCCUUCCAGGCAUGGAAACAGGCCAUCUACUCCGACCCCAUGAACUACACCGCCAACUGGGUCGGCCCCGACGUCUGCUCCUACAAUGGCGUCGUCUGCGCCCAGGCCCUCGACGACCCUAGCCUCACCGUCGUGGCCGGGGUCGACCUCAACCACGCGGACAUCGCGGGACACCUCCCCGAUGAGAUCGGCCACCUCAGCGACAUCAGCCUCCUCCACUUGAAUUCCAACAGGUUCUGCGGGAUCGUCCCCGACAGCAUCAAGAAGCUGAAGCUUCUCUUCGAGCUGGAUCUGAGCAACAACCGCUUCGUCGGGCCGUUCCCGGAGGUCGUCCUCGAGCUGCCUCAGCUCAAGUACCUCGACCUCCGGUUCAACGACUUCGAAGGCGAGCUGCCAGCGGAGCUGUUCGAUAAACCGCUGGACGCCAUCUUCUUGAACAACAACAGAUUCAGGUCGAACAUCCCUGAGAAUCUUGGGAACUCCCCUGCUUCCGUGAUCGUGCUGUCGAAUAACAACCUGAUGGGGUGCAUUCCCCGCAGCAUUGGCAAGAUGGCCGGCAAUCUGGAUGAAUUCAUCCUGUCGGAAAACAAUCUGUCGGGAUGCAUGCCGGAGGAGGUCACUCUGCUGAACACGACGGUGGUUUUCGACGUGAGCAAGAACAGGUUCGUGGGGGACUUGCCGAAGGGGAUGGAGUACAUGCAGAGGUUGGAGGUGAUCAACAUUGGUAAGAAUGAGUUCAGGAGCAAUGUGCCCGAGAGCGUGUGCAGCUUGCCCAAUUUAAAGAACUUCAGCUACGCCUAUAACUACUUCGACGCCAAGGAUGCGAGCUGCAGCCACGAGGCCAUCCAGGAGGUGAUGUUCGAGGGCCAAGGGAACUGCGUCGCGGGGGAGAAGGAGCAGAGGCCGGAGGAGCAGUGCCGUGACAAGUUGAGCAAGAAGGUGGAUUGUAAGGCUCAGGGCUGCCGGGAGCCGGAGCACGGGGAGUCUCCCAAGGGGAAGACGGAAUCGCCGCCGCAACCUGAGGCGCUUCCGCCGCUGUCCAAGCCGAAGCAGAAGGACCCCUCUCCACCGCAACCUGAGGCGUUUCCGCCGCCGUCCAAGCCGAAGCAGACGGCCCCCUCUCCGCCGCCAAAGCCAGAAACUCCAGCGCCUGUGAAACCCGAGCCGACUCCGUCGCCUCAGGUUGAGUCACCGCCAGUCCACUCCCCACCACCACCAGUGCAGUCUCCUCCACCACCAGUCCACUCCCCACCACCGCCGGUGCACUCGCCUCCACCACCCGUCCACUCCCCACCACCACCGGUGCACUCGCCUCCUCCACCAGUUCACUCCCCACCACCACCCGUCCACUCUCCUCCACCACCAAUCCACUCCCCACCUCCGCCAGUGCACUCUCCGCCGCCACCAGUCCACUCCCCGCCUCCACCAGUGCACUCUCCUCCGCCACCCGUCCACUCCCCACCCCCACCAGUGCACUCUCCACCACCACCAGUGCACUCCCCACCACCACCCGUCUUCUCUCCACCACCACCAGUCCAGUCUCCGCCGCCACCCACCCAGUCUCCGCCGCCACCAGUCCACUCUCCGCCACCACCAUCACCUCCUGCUUUCACACCAAUCGAACUGCCGAAGAACUUGGGCGCCCAAUACCAGUCGCCUCCUCCACCUGCUAUUCAGGGCUACUAAGAGCUUUGUAAUCUCAUUGAUCAAUCUACCUAAUUGAUCAUGUCCUGUUGUCGCCUUCGCCUAAAGUAAUGUACAACACGAACUCACUUUCUUAAGUUCUGCCGUCUCUAUCCCUUUUCUUCUUUUUUCCUUUUUAGGUUUUUUCAAUCUAGAUUAGUUCAUUCAUUCUUACAUAUACGCAACACCAUCAAAAUAACCUUCAUUCACUUCGAUAUAAAACGUUUCUUACGUUGUCGCCUCA